AUGGAAGCCAUCAAAGAGACCUUUGCCCGCGCCAAACAGGAAAAGCGUGCGGCCCUCGUGUCCUACAUUACGGCCGGUUAUCCUACCGUCGAGGAGACUGUCGAUAUUCUGCUGGGUCUGGAGAAUGGUGGCGCUGACGUGAUCGAAAUGGGCGUGCCCUUCACCGACCCAAUUGCCGAUGGCCCCACGAUCCAGCGCGCCAACACCAAGGCCCUGGAGAAUGGGGUCACCGUGACCUCGGUCCUGGAGACGGUGCGCACUGCCCGCUCCCGCGGUCUCAGGACGCCCAUCCUCCUGAUGGGAUACUAUAACCCGCUGAUGCAGUAUGGCGAGGAGCGCAUGCUGCAGGAUUGCAAGGAGGCCGGCGUCAACGGCUUCAUCAUGGUCGACCUCCCUCCGGAGGAGGCUGUCCGCUUCCGAAACCUCUGCACGAGCUACGGUCUCUCCUACGUCCCCCUCAUUGCCCCCUCCACCUCCGAGUCCCGCAUGAAGCUCCUCUGCAAGAUCGCCGAUUCGUUCAUCUACGUCGUCUCGCGCAUGGGUGUCACCGGCGCUACCGGCAAGCUCAGCUCCAACCUGCCCGAACUCCUGGCGCGCGUGCACCAGUGGUCUGGCAACGUGCCCGCCGCCGUGGGCUUCGGUGUCAGCACCCGCGAGCACUUCCUGUCCGUGCAGGACAUCGCCGAGGGCGUCGUGAUCGGCAGUCAGAUCAUCACCGUUCUAGGUGAGGCCCCUGCCGGUCAGGCGGCCAAGCACGCCGAGGAGUACCUGUCCAGCGUGACGGGGCGCAAGCUGGAGCGUGACGCUCAGGGGGCGCUGACCCGCGCCGUCGACGUGCUGCCCCGCGUGGAGAAGAAGCUCGACAACGCCAUCACCCAGCCCACGGCCGUCAUCACCGAAGAGACCGCCACCAAGGGCCCCGGGCUGGCUGACCAGCUCGACGCGCUGAACGGCACCGGCCAGGCGCCGGCGUCGGCGCAGCCGGCGCGUUUCGGAGAGUUCGGUGGCCAGUACGUGCCCGAGUCGCUCAUGGACUGUCUCGCGGAGUUGGAGCGCGGCUUCGAGCAGGCCCUGAACGACCCGCAGUUCUGGGAGGAGUUCCGCUCGUACUACCCUUACAUGGGGCGGCCCAGCAGCCUGCACCUGGCUAAUCGGUUGACGGAGCACGUCGGCGGGGCCAAGAUCUGGCUGAAGCGCGAGGACCUCAACCACACCGGUAGCCACAAGAUCAACAACGCGCUGGGUCAGAUCCUGCUGGCGCGGCGCAUCGGUAAGACGCGCAUCAUCGCGGAAACUGGCGCGGGCCAGCAUGGUGUCGCCACGGCCACCGUGUGCGCCAAGUUCGGCAUGAAGUGCGUCGUGUACAUGGGCGCCGAGGACGUGCGCCGCCAGGCGCUCAACGUCUUCCGCAUGAAGCUCCUCGGCGCGGACGUCGUCGCCGUCGACGCCGGAUCCCGUACGCUCCGCGAUGCCGUCAACGAGGCCCUGCGCGCCUGGGUCGUGGACCUCGACACCACCCACUACAUCAUCGGCUCCGCCAUCGGCCCGCACCCGUUCCCGACCAUCGUGCGCACCUUCCAGUCCGUCAUCGGCAAUGAGACCAAGCAGCAGAUGCGUGAGCUGACCGGCCGCCUGCCCGACGCCGUCGUCGCCUGCGUCGGCGGCGGCUCCAACGCUGUCGGCAUGUUCUACCCCUUCGCUGAGGACCCGUCCGUCAAGCUGCUCGGCGUCGAGGCUGGCGGCGACGGCGUUGACACCGCCCGCCACUCGGCCACCCUCUCCGGCGGCAGCAAGGGUGUCCUCCACGGCGUCCGCACCUACGUCCUGCAGAACGAGCACGGCCAGAUCUCCGAAACCCACUCCAUCUCCGCCGGCCUCGACUACCCGGGCGUCGGCCCCGAGCUCUCCAACUGGAAGGACUCGAACCGCGCCACCUUUGUCGCCGCCACCGACGCCGAGGCCCUCAUGGGCUUCCGCACCCUCGCCCAGACCGAGGGCAUCAUCCCCGCCCUCGAGUCCUCCCACGGCAUCUACGGCGCCAUGCAGCUCGCCAAGUCCAUGCGGCCCGACCAGAACAUCGUCCUCAACCUCAGCGGUAGAGGUGACAAGGACGUCCAGAGUGUUGCGGAUGAGCUGCCCCGUCUCGGUCCGAAGAUCGGCUGGGAUUUGCGUUUCUAG